GAGGAAGCGAAGGAAGGUGUUGCUGCUCGUACAAAGCAUUCCUUGCACAUUUCUAUCAGUCAGUGCUGCCCGGACAUGGAUCUCCUGCGCCCCAAACUGUCAUGCCUUCUGGUUUUGUUACUCAUCUCCGGGGCCCUGUGUGCCCAUUCAGCCAGGAGCCGUAGCCCUGAGAAACAGAAUAACGCAUUCCGCAAGGCUGCAGCCGGCUUCUAUCAGACCAUGAGCAAUAUUUUCGGGGAGGACAACGUGAGGGCUGUACAGAAGUUCUUCUCCAGACUGACAGAGAGAUUUGUGUAUGGAGUGGAUGUGCUGAUGGACACACUGUGGAGAAUUUGGACCGACCUCUUGGAUGUUCUUGGAAUUGAUGCUUCCAACCUGACACACUACUUCAGCCCAGUAGCUGUCGCUAGUAACCCUACCAGAGUCCUCAUGCUGGUAGUUGCAGUCCUUCUGGCCUAUUGGUUUGCCUCUUUGUUCCUGGGAUUCUUUUUCUACAUCUUGCAUUUUAUUUUUGGACGCUUCUUCUCAGUGGUCCGCGUGAUUCUUUUCGCUCUCUCCUGUGUGUACAUUCUGCAGAAAUAUGAAGGAGAGCCAGAACAUGCCAUGAUCCCUCUGUGCUUUGUUGUUGCCAUCUAUUUUAUGACAGGACCUGUUGGUCUUUACUGGAGAAGAAGCAGCAACAACUUAGAAGAGAAAAUUGACCACCUUGACAACCAAAUUAGGCUUCUAAAUAUCCGUCUAACAAGAGUCAUUGAAAGCCUGGAUAGAGCUGGUGAACAAUAGUCCUUAUGUAUUAUUCACUCUACACCAGCUAGAAAAAAAGCACCAUUCUGUUGAUACACAAUUUCAGAGUGUGACUAAGAUAUGAAUGAAUUAAUGAUUUAAGUUUUCUUUGUUUUUGUUUUGUUUUUUUCUAUAGGGAGGUUUAUAUGAAUAGAACAGCUGUAGUUCAUUUGUUUCAAUUCUUUAAUGCUGAGGUUCUGUAUUUUCUUGCCUCCAGAAUGUUAAAACUAGAAGAAAGCAAGAAAUAGUUAAAGGGAUAGUAAACCCAAUUUUUUUCUUUCAUGAUUCAGAUAAAGCAUGCAAUUUUAAGCAACUUUCUAAUUUACUCAUUUUAUCAAUUUUUCUUUGUUCUCUUGGUGUCUUUAUUCAAAAAAGCAGGAAUAAAAGCUUAGGAGACGGCCCAUUUUUCGGUCCAGCACCCUGGAUAACACUUGCUGAUUGGUGUCUACAUUUAGCCACCAAUCAGCAAGCACUACUCAGGUGCUGAACUUAAAAUGGUCCGGCUCCUGAGCUUCCUUUCCUGCUUUUCAAAUAAAAAUACCAAGAAAACAGAAAAAAUUAUAGUAGUACUGUAGUAGUAAAUUAGAAAGUUGCUUAAAUCUGCAUGCUCUAUCUGAAUCAUGAAAGAAAAAAUUUGGUUUUUGUAUCCCUUUUAAGUGCAAAUAUACUUUGUUGAUAAAUUUCUUUUUACACCGUUACCGUAUUAUGUGUGUUUUAUUAUAUAAAAAAUAUGUAAUCUAAAUCAGUUGCCUACAAAUCAUGUAUUACUUUCUCUCAAAAGAAUUUUAUUUGAUGAAUGAUUUUUGUUUUUUUCCAGUUGGAAUAGAACUGUUUAUACUAAAUGGAGGAAAGCUUUGAUGGAUAAUUUACAUGGUCACAGUGCGCAGCUUCGAAUGACUGUUUAAACAGUAUGAAUUCUUUAUUUUAAUUGAUAGCACAAUUUUAUUAAGAUUUUUCCCACCCUCUGGGCUUCUUUAAACACUGUGUUCCUCUAAACAUACCCAUAUACACUAUUUGGGAAGAUGAGUCUGUGUUUUAAAAUAUGUUCUAUAGUUUAAAUAUACAAAUAUUCUAUUGUUACGCGUGCAUUGAUGUGACUGUCCUUUUAAUCGUGUCUGUACGUAUGAUUUUAUGUACCUGUGUAAUGUUAAAGCAACUCACUGCCUAACAAAUCUAUGUAUAUACUGAUUUAUAUAUAUAUUCUUGCCAUUUAAUUUCAUUUCCUACCUGUUUUUAAGGCUUGAUUUUUAGAUAUACAUGUUAAUCAAAUGUUUUAAUAUAUAUAUAUAUAUGUAUUGGGAGCAUAUUGUAUUUCAAUUUUUAUAAUUAGUCUCUUGCUUGCAAUAAGUAAUUUUCACACAGUGCUGUGGAUUAAAUAAUGUAGAUGUAUUUAGUAUAUAUCUAGCUAAGGCCAAGAGUAGAUUGUGGUCAGAAUAUGGCUUUGUAGAAUUGUUGGGGGAUUUUUAUGUACAAUUAUGUAUUUUUAUUGUUAGGAGUAGAAGUGCAUUGAGUCUGUGUAGCUUAGACAUGUUAGCAGCCAAAUGUUUAGUAUCUAUUGCUGCUUAAAGCUUUCUCAGGGUCAGUAAGCAGCAAUAAAGUUUUGUGCUGGUAUUUCUCAAACAGCAUUUUUUUGUAGUUCUGUUUGUAGGUAAUUUUAGUGAAUUUGUAUCUUAAUUUUUGGUUGAUUGUUUUAUUACUCAAAUAUAUUUUGCUGGAUUUAUUGUGGUUUAAACAAAGGAAAACUUGAAUCAAUUUAAAAAAAAAAAAAAACUUGUUGCAAAGUAAACUUAUGGGAAACAAUAUGUUUUUCUCACCUGUGUCAGGCAUUUGGUAUUUUGUUUGGUGAGUGAUUGGUAGCUACAUGCUUAUGCCUCUUCUGAUUGGCUCAUGAGUGAUGUAUUCAUGCAUUACAAAUCCUAAUCCAGCUUGUGCCUACGUAACACCUUUGGAUGUUUUUAACACGUAGUUGGCAGCAAUCAUUUGUUUAAUACAUUGUUGCACUAAAAUGCUAUUUGGUAAACCCUAUAUUGAAUGUGUAAAUCUUAGCCUGUUACUGCGCUAUAUACACUCUUAUAUAAAUGUGUGUGUGCAUUCUCUGUGUCUGCAGAGCGAGCCUGUAUGGUCGUCAUUGUUCACUUUUCUACAGUUGUUAUUUAUGGUUUUCAAAUUCUGCAAAGAUUUCACAUUGCAGCACAUCAUUUAUGCUAAAAAUACUAAAUCAUUGCUGCACAGAGGGUGUAAAACUGGAUUUGGUUGCCAUUUUGUAAAGUAGUAAUCGGAUUUAACCUCAUGUCAUUAGUAAGGACAACUCUCCUGUCCCUUCAAAUAAAUCCAAAAAUGUAUGGCACUGGCAUUUUUUUUAAAGUUAAAAUAAUAAAUAAGUAUACUUUAAGUAUUGUUAAAUAUAUUUUUAUUUCUAAAAGCAUAGAGAUUUUCUAAAUGUAAUAAAUUAAGGCAAAUAAAUAAAAAUCUAAUGAAA